AGAGAGAGAGAGAGGGGGGAGCCUCACCCUCAACCACAGCUCAUCGUCGAUGCUAAGCUGCUCUUACAUCCAUAGAUCAGUGUUGCUAGCUAACUAACCAUGCAGGUGGUGACGGGCGCCAUGGGCAGCCUGCUCCCCAAGCUGGGGCAGCUGCUCAUGGAGGAGUACAACCUGCAGAAGAACGCCAAGAAAGGCGUCGAGUCUCUCAUCCGAGAGAUGAAGAGCAUGCACGCUGCCCUCUGCAAGGUGGCAGAGGUGCCGCGCCAUCAGCUCGACGAGCAAGUCAAGCUCUGGGCUGAUGAGGUCAGGGAUCUCUCCUACGACAUAGAAGACGUUGUUGACAAGUUCAUUGUGCGCGUCGACGGCCCUAAUAAACCUGAUGCUGAUGGCAACAAGCUCACAGACCUUGUGGACAAGAUGGCCAACUUGUUUAACAAGGGCAAGGCGCGUCGUCAGAUCGCUAGCACCAUCAAGGAAAUCAACAAAGAUGUCCAAGAGGUGGCCAACAGGCGCGGCAGGUACACAGUCGAUAAUAUUGUGCCUAAGCCUACAGCUGGGACGACUAUCGAUCCUCGUCUCCGCGCUCUAUACACUGAAGCUACAGAGCUUGUCGGCAUCUAUGGGAAGAGGGAUCAAGAGCUUCUCAAGUUAUUGUCUUUGGGAGAUAAAGAUCCCUCCAACAAGAGACCAAAAGUAGUCUCUGUCGUUGGAUUCGGGGGAUUGGGCAAGACCACUCUUGUCAGAGCAGUAUAUGACAAGAUCAAAGGUGGUUUCGAUUCACGGGCUUUCGUUCCGGUUGGUCAGAAUCCAGACAUAAAGAAGAUUUUCAGGGACAUCCUUAUUGGUCUAGACAAAAAUAUGUACACUAAUAUGAAUCUCAUGGUAUUGGAUGAAAGACAACUCAUCGAAGAAAUCCGGGAAUUCCUUCACGACAAGAGGUAUCUCGUCGUAAUUGAUGAUAUAUGGGAUGGAAAACUAUGGGAAGAUAUCAAGUUGGCUUUCUCUAAUAUGAACAAUGUUGGCAGUCGCCUAAUCACAACAACCCGCAUAUUUAGUGUAUCCAUAGCAUGUUGUCCUUCCACUCAUGAUUCCAUUUAUCAAAUGGAACCACUCUCAGAUAGUGACUCUACAAGGCUCUUUUGUAAAAGAAUAUUUUCAAGUGAGAAUAAAUGUCCUAGUGAACUUAAGGAAGUAUCUAGAGAUAUUUUGAAGAAAUGUGGCGGUGUACCAUUAGCUAUCCUUACUAUAGCUAGUCUUCUCACCGCUGGUCAUCAGAUAAAGCCAAAAGUUGAAUGGCAAGUUCUGCUAGACUCAAUUGGGCGUGGACUUACAGAAGAUGCAAGUAUGGAGGAAAUGCAGAGGAUACUAUCAUUUAGCUACUAUGAUCUGCCUUCUAAUCUGAAGACUUGCAUAUUAUAUUUAUGCAUGUAUCCUGAAGAUCAUGAGAUUGACAAAGAAGAUCUGAUAUGGAAGUGGAUUUGUGAAAAUUUUGUGCAGCAUGGAAAGCAUCAGACUAGUAUUUUUGAAGUUGGGGAAACUUAUUUUAACGAGCUCAUAAACAGAUACAUGAUUAUACCAAUAUUCAAUGGUUUCCGUGAAGUACAAAGUUGUCGUGUGCAUGACAUGGUGCUUGAUCUGAUUCGUUCCUUGUCAGCUGAAGCAAAGUUUUUGACAAUAUUGGAAAGUAAUAAGGAUAUCACUAGUUCUCAGAACAAUAUCCGUAGAUUGUCCCUCCAAAAUAUUGAGGAAGAUCAAGAAACUACACCUCUUGCUAACUCAAUGAGUAUAUCACAAGUAAGGUCCAUCACUGUCUUUCCACCAGCCGUGACUAUCAUGCCAGCUAUAUCUAGCUUUGGUGUUUUACGUGUAUUGGACUUACAUCGAUGCCGUAUUGGGGCACUUAACUUUCAGCCUAAGAUGAGGGAUAUCGGGUAUUUAUUUCACCUGAGGUACCUAGGUCUAAAAAGAACUGGUAUCUCUGAAAUCCCGGAGGAAAUAGGAAAUCUACAGUUUCUACAAGUGUUAGAUUUAGACUUCAAUUUCGAGAUGAGAGUGUUGCCGUCAUCCAUGUGGAAGCUAAGACAGCUAAUGUCCAUAAAGGUUUUAUUUCGCUGCUAUUGGCCCCCUGGUGUGUUGGGUAACCUGACUUCAUUGGAAGUACUGGAGAGGAUUUAUGCCUCCCCGAGCACCGUGCAAGAGCUUGGCCGCCUGGCAAGACUAAGGAGGCUUGACAUUCACUUCAUUGCUUGGAGCCUCGAGGUAGAGGAAACUUUUGUGGAGACUAUAUGCAACCUGCAUGAUAUCCAAAGUCUAAGUAUUACCUGUGAUGAUGUACCAUACUUGGAUCUCUUGGGGGGACGCUGGGAACCCCCUCGACGCCUUCGCCAAUAUACUUUCACAUCAGACCAUAUCGCAUGCUCUGCAUUGCCGAUGUGGAUAACAAAAUGUGGCCCCUCACAUCUAUCAAACCUAUCAGAGGUUCAUAUCAUAGUCAAGGAUGUGCAGCAAGAAGAUGUGCAAAUCCUUGGGAGAUUGCCAGCUCUUCGCCAUCUCUGGAUAGGCAGCACCCACCAAACAGAAAGGCUGCUCAUCAUCGGUGCAGAUGAGUUCCGUUGUGUGAUAGCCUUUGGAAUGCAUUGUGAGCCAGCCACUCAGUUAGUAUUUCAACAAGGAGCUUUGCCAAAUGCAGAAUACGUCCGAUUCAGUCUGGGCGUACGGGUGGCCAAAGAAGAUGGUAACGGUGAUCUGUUUGAGCUCGGCCUGGGCAACCUGCUCUCACUUCAGAGUGCAUUAGUUGAAAUCCAUUGGGACGGGGUCACCAAUAUGGAAGCUGCCGAAGCAUGUGCGGCAGUGAGAAAUGCAAUGGACACCCAUCCUAACCAUCCAAUCGUUAAUCUUCAUUUGGAUCCAGAGAUAUCGGAAGAUACCGAUGAUGAGGAUGAUGAUGAGUAUGACGAUGAUGACAGCGGCGAUGAAGGAGAAAGAAUGGAUCUGGACUAGAAUCAACGGCGGUGAUGGCUGGUGGGCAUGAUGGGGAAGUACACAUACGGAUUUUAUAGGUCCCACGUACCAGGUGAUGAAGAAGAGAGGAGAGAUGAAAUGGAUAAAAAUCUUGGCUGGUGUCGAAGAACAGGAUCUGAACUAAGGUUCCUGUUGCUCUGCUACAACAACGCAAGCGCUUGCGUUAUUCAGUAUAUCGCUUCAAUUUAGAGCUUUAAUAACUUCUCGUUGUACUGCUACCUAAUUUGUUUUCCCCCAUUCAUCUGAUUGCUAAAGUUUGAACUGAUUAUAUACGGUCAUGUAAUGAACUUGUGUUAUUCUCUGUUUCUUUCUC